AUGCUACUGGAAGCGCGGCCCGAGUUCAGCACCGGAGUGACCCGGCCCCUGUGUGCAGCCUCACUACUGUGUCAAGUUGAACCUGUGGGCCGAUGGUUUGAAGCCUUCAUCAAACGUAGGAAUAGAAAUGUGUCCGCUUCAUUCCAGGAGCUAGAGGAUGAAAAGGAAUCCUCUGAAGAGUCAGAGGAUGAAGAGUUUCAGCUGGAGGAAUUUGCACUACUGAAAUCGCUUGAUCCCAAGGACUGGAAGAACCAAGAUCAUUAUGCGGUGCUUGGAUUGGCAAACCUGAGGUACAAGGCCACACAAAAGCAGAUCAAAGCAGCACAUAAAGCAAUGGUUCUGAAACAUCAUCCUGACAAGAGAAAAGCUGCUGGAGAACAGAUAGUCGAAGGCGACAAUGACUAUUUUACCUGUAUAACUAAAGCAUAUGAAAUUUUAUCUGACCCCGUGAAGAGAAGAGCAUUUAACAGUGUUGAUCCUACCUUUGACAAUUCAGUACCUUCAAAGGGUGAGGGGAAAGACAACUUCUUUGAUGUAUUUUCUCCUGUGUUCGAGAGAAAUAGCAGGUGGUCAAAUAAGAAAAAUGUUGCCAAACUUGGUGACAUGAACACAUCAAUUGAAGAUGUAGAUUCAUUUUAUUCCUUCUGGUACAACUUUGAUUCGUGGAGAGAAUUUUCUUAUUUGGAUGAAGAAGAAAAAGAAAAAGCUGAAUGCCGUGAUGAGAGGAGGUGGAUCGAAAAACAAAAUCGAGCUGCCCGAGCACAGAGGAAAAAAGAAGAAAUGAUUAGAAUAAGAACAUUAGUUGAUAAUGCAUAUAGUAGUGAUCCUAGAAUAAAGAAGUUCAAAGAGGAAGAAAAGGCAAGGAAAGAAGCUGAGAAGAAAGCUAAAGCAGACGCCAGAAGAAGAGAACACGAAGAAAAGGAAAAGCAAAGGCAAGCUGAGCUGGAAGCUGUUCGAUUAGCAAAAGAGAAAGAAGAAGAGGAAGCUCGUCAGCAAGCUCUUGUAGCCAAAAAGGAAAAAGAAAUACAGAAAAAAGCCAUUAAAAAGGAACGACAGAGACUGCGCACAUCAUGCAAGAAUUGGAAUUAUUUUUCUGAUAAUGAAGCAGACAGUGUGAAAAUGAUGGAAGAAAUUGAAAAACUCUGUGAUCGUCUGGAGGUAGCAAGUUUACAGUCACUAAACGAAUCCCUUUCAGGAAGUUCUAAAGAAGAUGGGAAAACUGCUGUUGAGAAACAUAUUUCAGAGGUGAAUGCACAGAUUAAAAGAGAAAAGGAGCAGGAGGAGGCUCGGAUGAAGCAGUCCACAAAGAGUGCAGAUCAGUCUGGUUCAGGAGGCGGGGGGCAGCAGCAAGUCUUGGUCAGAGGAUGACUUGCAGCUACUUAUUAAAGCUGUGAACUUAUUUCCUGCUGGAACAAAUGCAAGGUGGGAAGUUAUUGCAAAUUAUAUGAAUUUGCAUUCUGUUUCUGGAUUAAAAAGGACAGCAAAAGAUGUAAUUAAUAAGGCCAAGUCGCUACAGAAAUUAGAUCCUCAUCAAAAGGAUGACAUCAACAAAAAAAGCAUUUGAUAAAUUCAAGAAAGAGCACAAAGCUGUACCUCUGACUGUGGACAAUGCUGUGCCUUCAGAGCGCUUUGAAGGUCCCAGUGGAGAUUCUGUUCCAUGGACAACUGAAGAACAAAAGCUUCUAGAGCAAGCACUCAAGACCUAUCCUGUGAAUACUCCAGAAAGAUGGAAGGAAAGGAUUGCAGAUGCUGUCCCUGGCAGGUCCAAGAAGGACUGCAUGAAAAGAUAUAAGGAACUCGUAGAAAUGGUGAAAGCCAAAAAAGCUGCUCAAGAACAAGUAUUGAAUGCAACAAAGUCCAAGAAAUGA